AUGUCUCUCGCGUUCAAGGACAAGGUCGUUCUCGUCACUGUGCUGAUCAAUUAUAUAGGAGGUACCAAGGGUAUUGGACGGAGCAUCGUUGAAGCAUUCAUUGCUGAAGGUGCCCGGGUAUACUUUUGCUCUCGGACUGCCGCGGAUGUGGAUGCUGCCGUAGCCGCGCUUUCACCUCCUACGUCCACUCGACCGGGCACUGUGGUCGGCGCCACUGUCGAUGCAUCCAAGUCAGAGCAAGUCCGCUCCUGGGUGCAGUCUGCUAUCUCUGCUGAGGGGAGAAUCGAUGUUGUGAUCUCCAACGUCUCGAGUCUCUCCAUGGGGGAUGAUGCCGAAUCAUGGACAGCCGCCUUCUCGACGGAUCUUCUCGGUACCGUCACGCUGGUGAACACUGCUCUGCCAGCUUUGGAGAAGACCAAAGGAAACAUCAUUGCUCUCUCUUCCGUUUCUGGCCGUGAAAUCGACUUCAGCGCCCCUGGGCCAUAUGGUGCUGUCAAGGCCGCAUUGACGCAUUAUAUCGCACAGCAGGCGCAUGUCUUGGCGCCGAAGGGAAUCAGGGCAAACACUGUCAGUCCUGGUAAUAUCUAUGUCGAGGGCGGUAUCUGGGGAAACAUCAAAAGGGAUAACCCAGUGCUGUUCGCGGAGCAGCUUAAGGCAAAUCCUAUGGGUAGACUGGGAACGCCAGAGGAGGUGGCUAAUGCGGUGCUGUUCCUUGCCAGUGACAAGGCUUCGUUCAUUAGUGGAACGAACAUGCUGGUUGAUGGAGCAUUGUGUACUGGUGUUCAACAGUAG